AGCCGUGCGGAGCAGUUCAUCUGCUGACGCGCUCCUCUGUCGACAAAGUAGUAGGCAGUCCGCGCGACACGCACUCGGCGCGGCGCUGUGCUUCAGGGAACUGCCACUCCGGCGCUGCUAUCAUCCUCAGCUUGUGACAAGGUUAAAGGAUGCGGAGCUCGCUGGCUGACGCUGGCAGCGGGCAGUACGGGUCGUGCCCGCAGCUGGAGGGCCGCGACCGGCGGCUGCAGCGGCGCUCGCGCAAGGACUCUGUGGCGGGCAGCGAGGCCGCCUCCUCCAGCGGCGCCAGCAGCGCAGACACGGACGACGGCCAGCACGACUCCUCCUCCGUCAGCGAGCAGGAGCGCCUCCAGGUCGAGGCCGCCUUCCGCAGCCUCAAGACCCAGGUGUACGUGUGCGGUUCGCUAGCAAACCUGUACCUGGGCUCUACCAGUGGUGACGAGUGGCGACUCGAGAGCACAGGUGUGCCUGUGCUGCUGCUGGACCUGGGGGCGGCACGCGCGCGCACUCAGCGCCGCAUCCAACUCGUACUGGCUGAACGCGGCACAUGCUUUGCGCUGUGGCGCGACACCAUCGACAACCUCACCAACUACCGUGUGGCUGGGCGUGCCUUCCACACCAUGCACCUUUCCUCUGACCACACCACACUCGUUGGCCUCAGCUUCGACUCGGAGCGUGCUGCCGAUGAAAUGGCGGGCCGCGUCGAACGCCUCACCUCCUCACCGGAGAACAUCAGCCUGUCUGCACCAGGUCGCAGUAAAACAUCACGAGGGCGUCGGUCUGCGCAGCCACCCCCUCCUCCACUGCCAACGAAGUCACACAUCUCACAGCCCUGCUGUUUCCAGCACAUCACAAGUGUGGAGGUGGGCGAUCGCAGUCGGUACUUCUCUCUGCAAACUCUCGUCCCCAUGCUGUCUUCUGAGCAAGAAGAGCCACGCUCAGAAUUGUAACUGAAUCGCUUUAUACACUACAUGUGUCUAGAGAUGAACAAUUGGCAUCUCUGCCCUUUUUUUUGUGAGAAAUGUUCACUGGCUACUGAAGACUGUCCUUGCAUAACUGUAAUGUUAUCCAUUGUGGACCAUGUUUUAAAGGAUGCCCAUUUAAGCCAGGUGAAUAUUUUGUACUAAUUGUUGCUAUUCAUCAUAAUACAUUCAGUUACAUGGUGAUUGUGCCUUGUAUGUGCCGAUUUUCAUUUGUGCAUAAUGGUGCACUCAGCCUGGCAUGCAUAUAAAGACUGCUUUGUUCCCAGUGUAAUAGCAAUUGUUUGACGUGUGAAUAAGUAGACAUGGAACAUUACACGAGUGAAUUUUUACUAAAGCUUGUCACUUUUUAGAAUGUUGUGCUGAACCAGUAUUGGAAGUUACAGAUAGGUGCAUUGCUCCGUUUCUGUGAUUAGUAUUGACUGUUGUGGGAAUGUGCAAAGUAGUGUUUCGCAAUCAUCAUAGAUACUUUCAGCAUACUGUGCUGCUGCUGUUCGUCAAGGUUCUGGUGCAUUGUCCUCAGCCAGAAUAAUUUGUGCAAAAUGCACGCUGUUGCAUAUAUGUGAGUGAAAUGUAUUUUUGUGAAUGUGUGUUUUGUUAAAAUUUGUUCACUGGAUAUGUAUUUGAAUCAUUUUCAUGUAUUGCAAUCUUUUCUGUUAUAUAGACACAGUAUGACACUUUCUGUGAUAAUGUGCAUCGGUUUUCAGACAUGACCAUUCAUGUUCCAAAAGAUUGCUUUUGUGUGAGCUUCCAUAAUUAUUUUUCAGUUUGCAGCUAUCCUCGUUCAUUGACACAAUACAUCUCAUUGGUGAAUUCAUUGUACUUUGUUUGUAGUUAUUAUCUCAGAGCACAACUGAUUGACAGGACUGUGUAUGUGCCAUGAUUAGCAUGUACUUUUAAAAUUAAUAAUAUGUCAUGACACAUUAGACAGUACGUAAAAAGUUUUUGGACAUGCCAACUUCACUAAAAGACAUCUGACAUGAAACCAGUGAGGCUGUAGUUUUCUGCCUAGUCUAUUAUCAUUGACCUUCUUAUUUGAUUCAGUGAGCACAAUAAAACAAUGAAAUUUUUUUAAAAAAUCAAGAUUUUUUUUCCAUGCGUUUAGUAUCUUCCUGCUAUUUGUCUAAGUCAAGAUUGAAAUAAAUUUAUGAUAAAGGGCAAUUCAAAAGUGUAAAUUUCUCUUUUGCUGUAUAAUUUUCUAAUAAAAAUUUGGGGUUUGAAGGAAGGGGAGGGGAAGAAUCUUACCCUAGUCAUUAUUUAGUUGUAUUUUUCCAAACAACCCGUAUUAACAUGCUCUGUACUGUUAUAAAGUGCAUUACUCUUUCUAAGCCAACACUGUUAUGAAAUAUAGCUUUCUUUCAACAUUUGCCAUCCUUGGAUGUUCUAGUUUACUCAUUUCUCUAUACUCUUUCAUUGAAAUUAUAAGACAAAGACAAUUGUACAGGCAGAAUUAUUGUUUAAACAAACAGUUACAGUUAAUUUCAGUAUUUGAUUUACAGACUGAACUUUCCCAAUCACCUUUGUUGUCCAAUGUGGAAGUGUUUCGAGACUCAUUAUUAAGUUUGUAAAUAAAAUCUUGUUUUAUUAUACAUUAUAUUUAUUACACUUGUUUUUGCUGAUGUAUUGAAAGAAUUGUAUGUACUGCUGUCAAAUGCAGAAGCUGUGCUCUUUGUUGAUGACUUUAUUGAAGGUUCAUGUACCUAGUGUUUCAAGACUGGGAUAAUGAAGAUGUUUAGAAGAGUUUUAUCAUGUAUGUUAAAUAUACCCCCAAACCACCUCAGUACAGCUGUGGCAAU